AUGAGACUGCCCACUCUCUGGCCCACUGGUCUGCUUGCCCUCCUCAUCGCCGGUCUCGACAGUCACUGGUUGUCUUCCGGGUCCGCGCGUGGAUUGACUGAGGGCGCGCAAUGGACAAGUGGACGGAAGUUAGCCGUCAGAGAUCAAGUGCGCGCGUUGUGGCAUCAUGGCUUCGACAGUUACAUGAGAUUCGGUAAGUCUAUGUCGGCUCCCUCACACAAGACUUUCCCCUUGGAUGAGCUUGCCCCACUCUCAUGUACGGGUCGGGGGCCGAACUGGCAUAAUCCCGCCGACUAUGCGGCCAAUGAUGUGGCUGGCAACUUCUCCGUGACGCUUGUGGAUGCGCUCGAUACAUUUGUGGUACUGAACGACCCGCCCGGAUUCGAGGAAGCGGUGCGGAAAGUCAUCCGAUGGGUUUCAUUUGAUGUAAACACCAAACCUCAAGUGUUUGAAACCACAAUACGGAUCCUGGGUGGCCUACUGUCUGGGCACAUAUACGCGAACAAGACAGGCCAGCCGUUUCACUUACCAUGGUAUCGGGGCGAGCUCCUCGACAUGGCGCACGACCUCGGUCUGCGCCUACUGCCGGCGUUCUCCACCCCCACGGGUAUGCCUUAUGCGAGGAUCAAUCUGCGUCACGGAGUGCCCAAGGGAGAGUCGAUAGACAGCUGUACUGCUGGAGCGGGCUCACUCAUCCUCGAGUUCGGUACAUUGAGUCGCCUCACCGGCGAUGACCGAUUCGAGAAGGCCGCCUAUAAGGCUUUCUUCGCCCUGUGGAACCGCAGAUCGGAUAUAGGUCUUGUAGGCAAUACGGUCAAUAUAUUUAAUGGACAUUGGUUACAUCCCGAAGUCAACGGCAUAGGUGCUGGCAUCGACUCGUUCUACGAGUACGCGCUCAAGUGGUAUAUCAUGAGCGGCGAGGUCGAGUUUCUCGACGUGUGGCAGGAGUCAUAUGCCUCUGUCAUGAGGUACUCUAGGUCACCAGAUGGCUACUGGUACCGGAGCGUGAACAUCUUCACGGGUGACGCUCAAUACUCGACGGUCGACUCGCUGUCCGCAUUCUGGCCGGGCCUGCAGGUGCUGGGCGGUGAUAUUGAGAACGCCAUCAAGGCCCACCUCGUUUAUUGGAAUCUAUGGCGUGGUUUUGCCGGCCUGCCUGAAGUUUGGGAUAUGAACUUCCGCACGGCAACGGCAUUCCAAUAUCCCCUGCGACCAGAGUUCGUUGAGUCAACGUGGUAUCUGUAUCGGGCUACCCGCGAUCCAUUCUACCUUGAUGUGGGAGCCCGGAUUUUGCAUGACAUUACUCGGAGGUCAAAGGUGGACUGUGGUUUCGCAGGCAUCCACGACCUCCGGAUCAAUUUGCAAGACGACCGCAUGGAGUCCUUCGCACUUUCUGAAACCUUGAAGUACCUAUACCUCCUUUUCGACGAGGACAACCCCCUUCACUCGGACGACUCGCAAUGGGUGUUCACGACCGAAGGCCACAUACUCACCCUCGAACCUCAUCUCAUAAAGCCUAUAUCAUCUGCCCGCAAGAAGCUUCGCGGAGUAGAGAACAACCAAUGCCCGGCCUAUCAGGCCCCGAUGCUUGCAUGGGACGACUGGGACUCCGAUGGUGGUCUGCGCGGUGGCAUUCAGGAUCGUGCAGACAUCGAUUACACGCGCGAGCUUGUCGGAAGAGCGUCCUCUGAAUUCGAUCAGAAGCUGUGGACACCGGAUGGUUGGUGCUUGAUCCCCAAGCAUGAGCUCUACACCUACGAUUUUGUCUUGUCACAGGACGGGCGAGGCGUGCCUGAAGACCUUCACCCGUCGAGUGAUAAGAUGGAGACCCAUCCGGACGGCUACAUCGUCCACAACGUUACAGGCAUCCGAGUCCAUAUAGUCAGCCGAUUAGAUGGCAAGGGCUACGACAUCACCAAGCUCGGGCCAUACGCUGUGAAGACUGGCCAGAAGAUCAAUUUCAACGACUCGACGCUCGCUACCGCCCCCGUCGGCGCAAAGGUCCAGACAACAUCAUCGAAGCGUACCCCCGAAGUCGGCCUGCGCCUUUACCUCGACUACGUAGACCCAAUGCUCCAACUUGGUGGCCCCGGAAACCCUGGGAUGCAGGACGUCAUCACCGAGACGAACGUCGUGGCCGCAACAGCUCUCUUCGCUGGGGAUCCCGCGGCAGACCCUCCGCUGCGCUUCGGCCACGGGCACGGCGACGGCGUGCGCGUCGUCCGAUUCCCGGACAACCCACUAGGGUGCUCCGAAUACAGCGAGGUCCUCGUCGAUGACGAGGCGAUCGUCGUCGACCGCGGCGAGUGCACGUUCCUAGAGAAGCUCAUAUUCGCGCAGCGUGCAGGCGCAUCGGGAGUUGUCGUGCUCAGCAACGAGGAGCACCAUGUCAACCCUUCCGCGGAGAGGGGGGAGCUCGAGGCCGCGGGCCCGCAGCUCAAUGACGUCGCAGUCGUCGUGCUGCGCAAGAGCGACGCGGACCAGGUUGCGCAGAUGCUGGACGCGGCAGAGCGGCUUGGGUUAGGGACGGUCAAGCUAGUCGUUGAGCCGUCAGGUAGCCCUGCGGAGCAUCGUGGAGAGAAAAACGAGCAAACGCAAGAGGAGGGACAGAGUAAGAAACAGAUAGAGGAAGGACCGAUACGCGUGUUGUAUCUCAACAACCACCCCCUGCUAAAUACGCGGCUGAUAGUCUGA